UCUAGACAAAGGACGCCCCUCUCUUCACCGUUUCUUCCGCAGUCAGCCCACCAAUUAGUGGUUGGUGGUAGCUCCAACCAGCACCGUCCCCCCCCGGCCUGAGAGAGCCAACCAACACGCAGUCCAAGAACCAACAGAUAGCCGCAGAGGAAUAGAAGCACGAAGAAGAAGCGAAGCGGAAGAAAGGCUAGGGCCUACAGAACCAUGGCUAACUCGGCGACGGCGACGACGAGGUCGGGCUCACGACCUAACUAUGGAUCUUUCUCUUCACCUGCUGAGGCAGACUCGCAUUCUGAUUCCGGCUCGUCUACACUGUCCAGAGAUUCUAUGGAGUCUACACAUACAGCUUCGAGGCCGCAGUUCAGCAGGAUAAGAACGCACCAGUCGAUAGUUCGUGAGCGCAGCCCGAUGGACAAUAGCGCGGAUGGACAGGGUGCGCCAGGCGCUGGAGGCGCUACACCUGGUGCAUCUGAUAACACCCACAACAAUAAUGCGAAUGGGAGCAACAUCGUCAAUGGUGGCACUAUACCCCGGCAGAGAGGUGCCUCUUACUCGUCCCAGCGGUCUAGAAAAGGAAGCAUACACCAGGAUCAGCCGUCGUGGUACAGACGCAUACUUGAGAAGUAUGGCAGCUUGGAGCUGGAAAACAAAGGCAGCGUUGCCAGAGACCAUCUUGCCUUGGAACGCACAUUUCUCUCAUGGCUACGGACGUCCCUCGCCUUCGCCUCCAUAGGGAUAGCAGUUACUCAGCUUUUCCGUCUCAACACCGCUAUUCAGCAGCUAGAUCCCUCGCAGAACAGUCCCAGCAAUCCGUCUGCUCUCCUAUCAGAACAUUACAGAGAAACGUCUAAAGGUCUCUACUUCACCAUUACAAGCAACAGCAGCCAACUGCGUGGUCUCGGAAAACCGCUAGGCGCCACUUUUAUCGGGGUAGCUAUCCUCGUUCUCUUCAUCGGCUUCCACCGCUAUUUUGAGAGUCAGUACUGGGUGGUCAGAGGGAAAUUCCCUGCCAGCCGCGGCAGUAUAGCCCUGACUGCAUUUAUUACUGCGUCUCUCAUGGUCAGCAGUUUGGUCAUCAUUCUUACUAUAUCGCCGGGUGCGACCGAGUCCUAGACGCAUUCACUCUCAUACUCCAAAACUAACAACCUUACAUUCAACACAAAACGGCGUCGUUUUUAUACUCAGUUACAUGCAUUUAUGCGGAGUUCAUCGAAUUCAUCUUCCCUCCUACGCCUUGCUGGAUAUUUGGGAACAGCAAUGAAGGACACCGUCACAUCAUAUCCUGAUCUUGUCAUCCAUUAAAUUAUCUGGAUCCCCGAAAAGCACAAACAAAAAUUGCCAGCUUUGCUUAUCUGGUCAUCUGUCUGUUUCGGUGUUUUGUUAGCGAGGCGUCUGGCUUUGAACUUCUUUCGCUUAUUUUUUGCUUCUUUUACCCUGCAUUGUACAUCUACUUCUUGUUCUUGCUUUUCACUCCGUUAUGUUCUUCUUCGAAUACCCCGCCUAUCACCGGCUUUGGUUCACUCUUUUUCUCGUUCUUGUCUCCAUCUGUUGACUUGUUCAUUUUUCAAAAAACAUCUUUCUUUUUCGUCCAAUUUUCUCCCCUUCGGAUAUUACUCCGAGUGUCUUGAUUCACAUUUCGUAUUAUCAAAAUUCCUCUGUAGCCAUCCAGGAACUCGCCUUGUUAAAAUAAACGCAACUUAACAAAUGCAACCAAGUUUUUGGUUAACUGUAUCUUCAAUCUGUCAGGCCUAUCCAUGCCUCUUAGGAUGAGCCAACCAAUAAUAGCUUCUGGCUCAAAUAUCAUUCCUGCAUAUCGAUACGAAAACGUAGAUGGAUCAAUGUGGAGCGAUGAAUGGCUGGCUCGCCCACGAAAAUGCUUGGUAUUUCUUAAUUCAUCCCGAGGCAUCUACCGAGAUUGUAUAUCUAGAUGUUCAUCCAUCUAUGCAUAAUGAAUCCAGAGGUGGUAGUUGGUUAAUGCGGUGGGUAGAUACAUUCAGGCCGGGGUCUGCCACGUUUCCUUCCGAUAAAUUCAUCCUUCAACUCCAUCUUAAUUCAUUUAUAGCCAUCGCGAAUUUAUCUCUCUGGGAGUAUUUCGGCAACGGCAGGCUGGAUGACGAUGACGGGAAAGAGUUGCAAAAGAGGAUUCAAUCAUAUCAAUUGCAAGGGAAUACCAUAUGCUCCUUUUUGAAGCGGAAUCUACCCAUACACCAACAUAACUCAUUUAGCCAAUGAGAGACAGCAUGGUAUUGAGUCUGCUAUACUUAAACCGCCAGAAGGCCGAAGAUCAUACGAUGGCCUGAAAGGACAUCGAGUCAACAAUGGAGACCGUUGCACUGCAUCUGGAUAUCUCCACCUAGUAGUCCAUAUAGUACAGGAUACCGGUCAAAAACACACUCCGUAACGUGCUUCGCUGUACCAACUCUCCUCAAGGCCUAACGCUGUAUGCCCAUCCUUAGGCAUCAAGGGUAUCACAAGGAACAAUAGUCCAGGCCAACGACAAGUUCAUCGCACAUCUCUCUGCAGAAGAUAUUCGCGCCUUCAUCCUCUGCUUGUCUAGGAUGGGUAUGUUAUGUGGAUUGAACUGCUGCACAGUGCAUCAAGAACUGGAGGCGGUGUGCUGAGGAACGGUCACCGCUAUCGUGGAGGAUAAUCAUGUCGAACUGUUGAGGUUUGACAGUUAGCAAUGGUAUGCAGGUAUCAAGGUAUGUAGGUAUCAAAAAAAGUGAUAUGCAUAGAAUUCACCCAUUCUAUCCAAUACCAAUAUCUUUUUUUGCAAAGAACAAUGCCUUUGUAGUCGCGAUCUUUGUUUCUUUCCUCUCAGUCCCAUAUAUCGCCAUGAUGACAUAAUAUAUGACAUAUAUCAUGACAUAAGCCAUGUCUUACUAAGCCAUUAUCACAUGACCACUGCUUAGUAAUAAGUUAAAAUGUGAGAUUGAGUUUGUAUCAAAAUAAGUGCAAAACGCGUUUCUCAAGCCGCACAUUUUCUUGUUGGCUCAAUGGACUAAUUUCGAGGUACCUUGGAGAUUGGCUUGAUGAGAAGUGUAGGAUGAAACAUGGCGUCCUGACGAAUGUCCAAACAUGGGGGAACCUUUUGUCGUUUCCGUGGAGAUCACCAGCAACGGUUGGUGAAGGAGUGGAUUCAACGUCCCCACCUUUAUCAAAAGGUUCUCUACAUCAAACCGGGCUACGCAACGUUAGGACGUCCAACUGCCCACGAUGGAGUCGGCGGGUAUAUUCGGCGGCUGCCUUAAUUUUUGACGAGCUAGUUCAGAAGCUGCUAGUACGUGGUCGAUAACGCUGUUAUCGCCAGAAAGCCCUUCAUAAUCCCGCAAGUGUCCCGCAGGCAGUAUUGGGCAAUAGAUCUUGAGUAUGCGUUUGGGGGUAUCUCAAGGUGUCGUGUGCGGAUACCAAGCGAAGAUAUCUCCCGAAGCGAGGAGGCAAAACGAUAACGAUCGCGAGCAUGGAUUUAUACGAGAUUGAUAUUCGAUGACAUGAAGAGAGGAAAGCCGGAAAAAGCAUAGUUGGGGUAAGUAAGCAAACUAACUAGAAAAGCAAGUUUUAGUGCUCCAGCGUUCAGUUCAUUCCAGUCCAGUUCGUUCGCCCCGAGAAUUCGUUUAACGCUGCCUGGUUCCGGUUUGCUUCACUAACCUUACGAACAGGUCAUCUGUCCAAUUCAAUCCCGAUAAACUUUCGUAUAGGAGGAAACGAUGGGGCGGCACGCCAGUUCGAGAGCUUGCCUUAUCUUGAGUAGGAGUCGAGAAAAGAAAAGAAAAAUGUGAUGGAUCAAAGUUGGCAGUGUUGACUAAGUGAGCAUGGCAAUGAGAGAAGAAACUGGGUAGUACGUGACGGCGGGAGUGGCGAGCCAUGGAUGAGAUGAAAGGUUCCGCCGCCGUUUUUGGGAUUGGGUUCUGUCUGAUCGAACUCUGAAAUCUGCGUUUCCUUGUUUCGUUGUUCUCGAAGAAUCAACGGAAUUGGCGAAGAUAUGCUCCGUCUGGAAGGGGAGGGGAAAAGGGCGGUUGUGUUGAUCAGAUAGGCCUGGCACGGAUGUAACAUGUAGCCCGUACUCUUUUUACCCUUCUCUCCAUGACCCAGCAGGCGGCUGAGACGGCGGGUGACGGAUAGCCCUGUUCAUCUCCAUGGCGAUCGAUGCCGACGGCGAGGGAUCAGGGUUGGUAGAGAGGUGAGAAGAACUGCUGAGCGGCAGUUGAUCAAGAAGAAUGAAGACGCAUUGACGGCCAGGGAUGCAAUGUCUGAAGUAAGUAAGUAGUUACGAAGUUGUUGAUACUGAUACUCGGCACAUCAGCGCGGUGAUACAGAGCAGAGCACAGCACGAACACAGCACAGCACAGUACGGGGGACAAGGUGUAAAGAAAACUGCCCUGCAGAAAGGAACAGUUUGUUCUUCACGGCAACCCUGCAGGCACAAGACAGCAGACAAGCAAGUACUACCGGCUUUUCCAACUGCUGUGUUUCCUUCGUUGAACAACAGCGAAGGGAGAAGAAAAGGGAGAAAGAAAGGAAGAAAGAGAAAAGGGGGAUGGGUCCAAUAAGACAUUGUAAUGUUGGACAUGUCCUUCGCUCGGGAUGCUGUCGCUUGAUCUGAUCUUCUCUGGGGAAUUGGGAACUGGAGAAACCGUUGAAAUUUCCCAUGCCCAUAUGUAACCUGCGCUAUCUUAACGAGCUACAUAUAUGCAGUGCUAUAAGCCAGGUUCGUUAUGGAUUCUCCUUCUUCCCUAUUUCCAGCCAGCGUGAUGCCGUGGAAGUUGGGGUUGGUUGGCAAUGAAUUGAGACGACAAAAGACUACCUUUUUUUGCCUUUCUUGCCCCUUAAAGGACGACCCAUGUAUCCCCUAGGCGUUGGCGUCCAGGUACGCCCGUCCGCCGCCGCUUAGGGUCGUAAAUACAGAAGUACUGUACUUACUAAGUCAUCACCCAUGCCCUGCCGGUUCCCUGUCGUCGGUCAGCACCAAACGAGAUGAAGAAAACACCUCCAUGUGCGGUGGGUUCAAAUUAACUAGCUUGUUAGCUAGUUAGUAAUGCGGAUUCAAAAGGCGUAUCGUAUACAUCUUUAUGCGUGCAUUAUUCCGAGAGAAUAGUCGCUCGUAUUUGGAAGAAAAUAAAGAGAUGGAAAACAAAGCACCAGGAGAUGCAUGGAAGAGAGGGAAGGGAAAGAUUGGUGAUAGGUGGCAUGCAGUUUGCUGUACAUUGGCAGGUCACUCAAAGAGUUGUACAUGCAUGAAGGAACCCAUCCAUGCCCUUGGCCCCAUGCCUGGAAUACCCCAUGCAUGCACAGCAUAGGACGGCUAACUGGGUGAGUAACUGAGGAUGCCUGUUCCUAGUCUAGCCAUAUAAGCUAGUUGAACCGUCGACUGGCGCUGCCAGGCCAGGCGUGGGCGAGGAUCUGGCUCUCCUGACGUCUGUGGGACGGCUUUUCUUCAGGAAGAUCGCAACCUUGAAGGCCCCCCGUCUAGUUCACUUCAGUAUUGUACAGUACUUUUGGCUGUCCCAGGAGAGUGAUUAUCGGCAGACGGAUGGCUCUUCCGGCAACCAGGAUAACGAUCUAAACCGCUUUGAUAAGGGUAAGCGGAAGAGGAGAGAGGUCUGGUCUUGUUAGAUUGCAUCGUGCAGACUUCGAGGUCAGACAGGGUGGCGACGGGAUAAAGAAGAUCAAGGAGAAAAGGGGAGUAAAGUCGAAGGAGUGCUCUGGAGUAAGGCAGCCAUCAAGCUACCCACACGUCUCAGGGGGCAAAGUUGGACAGGCAGUGCCGUCGAGCUGGUUAGUAACGAGUGUCACGGAGGUAUCUUUCACUGAUCUAACCAGUCAGAGAGUCAAUCAAUCAGUCAGUCAAUAAAUCAAGCAGAGUAACUAAGUUGAGUUGCUAAAUAAGUAAAUCUGCGAGAUGAAGGUUCGAAGUAGCGAUUAUUACACAUAAAAAAGGCACAGGCAGGCUCGCCCUCCCAGCCACAUUAAUAUUAGUUACACACAGACAUGCAUGAUGCUGUGUUGCGAUUUCAUGCAUGGUAACGCUGCAAUGGUUGAUUCGAUACAUAAUAACUGUGGUCUGGCUAGCCAACCUAACUUUGUUCGCUGGAGUCAAAUACAUCAGAAAGCAAUUUUAAUAUUAUGGUCAAGUAUAUUCACUACGCUGUGUACCUGUGUGACGCGAGCUAUAAGACGAGUGGACUAUACGGAGCACGGUAACGGUUGGACUGUGAGAGCUCAGCGAUAGGCGGUGCUACUGACUGGCUGGUUGGCUCAGGGGAGGAUCAAGAAGGGAAAAACCGGGACAAGAGCUUGGAUGAUCGACUCGAUAUGUUAGAAACCGAUCGGCCGUUGGUUAUAACUGCCAUCUCUAUAGCCUGGAUGGUGCUUGACGGGGAGCACUGGGCCAUGCAACCCGGUGUCUGUCUGGAUGUCUGGAUGUCUGCCCAAGCCAGCCGCUGCGUUGUCAGGGAUAUCUAGCAUCUACCCGUCCGUCUGUCUGUUUCUGACUGCCCGUCCACCAAUCUCAGGAUUGCCCUUUGACUGGGCUUGUCUCGACUGGCAAUGCCGGAACCAGCUGCUAUUCGUCCGCCAGUCCGCAUCACAUCAAAAUUAAUUACUUUUAAACUAACUAGCAGUUACAUAUUUUUCCGAUGGGGUGGCCCUGAAAUCUGAGGCUGAGAACGUAAAAAGAGUGUAGGAGGGAUGUUUCAAACUGGCUACCUGCGAUUACUGGCCA